ACCUACACACACUCCAGCACUCGCCCGGUCCAUUUGUGCGCCAUUGUCGAGCCGUUGGGUGCGCCAUCUGACUGCCACUUCAGCCCACUCAACCAUGGUGGGCGUCGUCUUCAGCUUCAGUCUCCAUUCAAGCGCCCGACGCGCUCAUGAUCAGACAUGCAUUUCAGACACUGCAACAUCAUCCAUCGUGAUCGGACUUUUACCAGACAACUUCUCUUUUACACUGCAGAACAGUCUAGGUUUCGCUUAUGACCCUCUGGGCGUAAUGCUGCACCACACGAGGCAUCCCGAUUUCCGCCAUGUGACACUGGUAGUGACGUGCGCGACCGAUUCUGGGUAGCGUACAACACGGCUUGCCAACCGCGAGCAGGUAUACGCAUAGGGCUCAGGAAGAAGUUGCGUCGCUUCUCUUAACCAGCAGCCCUACAGCUAAGUCCAAUGUCUACGGUGACGCAACUUCUCUCCCCCAAUGAAGAGUUUACGCAAGAUGGGUGUUGAGUCGUGUACUGAUGUCUUUCAGCCUAAAUCAUACGAUUUCCCGCUUAAGAUGUACAAAAUGGCUCUGGGGAUGUCCUCUCAAGCCUUAGCUUCCGCCACACAAACUAGGGCCGUCGGAGAAUGCAGCAUUUUGCGGAUCCGGAUGACCCAGAGGCUUGUGAGAUCCGGGUGACCACGGCUCAACUGCUGUAGCUGAACCAAAUCGAAGCGAAUGGAACUUUGGC